GGACCAAGACAAGGAGUAUGUGGGAUUUGCUACUUUGCCAAAUCAGGUUCACCGCAAAUCUGUGAAGAAGGGCUUCGACUUCACUUUAAUGGUGGCAGGAGAGUCCGGUUUAGGAAAGUCCACCCUGGUCAACAGUCUGUUCCUCACAGAUCUCUACAAGGACCGGAAGCUGCUGAACGCUGAAGAGAGGAUCACUCAGACGGUGGAGAUCACCAAACACACAGUGGACAUCGAGGAGAAGGGCGUCAAACUCAAGCUCACUAUCGUGGACACACCAGGGUUCGGAGAUGCUGUCAAUAACACUGAAUGCUGGAAGUCAGUGGCAGACUACAUAGACCAACAGUUUGAGCAGUACUUCAGAGAUGAGAGCGGACUGAACCGCAAGAACAUUCAGGAUAACCGAGUGCACUGCUGUCUCUACUUCAUUUCACCCUUCGGUCACGGUUUAAGGCCUCUGGACGUGGAGUUUAUGAAGGCUCUCCAUGAGAAGGUCAACAUCGUUCCUGUACUAGCUAAAGCUGACACACUCACACCACUGGAGGUCAAGAAAAAGAAAAUCAAGAUUCGAGAGGAGAUCGAACAGUACGGGAUAAAGAUCUACCAGUUUCCAGACUGUGAUUCAGAUGAGGAUGAGGACUUCAAACAGCAAGACCAAGAGCUCAAGGACAGCAUUCCCUUCGCUGUGAUCGGCAGUAACACAGUAGUGGAAGCCAAAGGCAAGAGGGUUCGAGGACGUCUGUACCCCUGGGGAAUCGUUGAAGUGGAGAACCCAGCACACUGUGACUUUGUGAAGUUGAGGAACAUGUUGGUACGAACACACAUGCAGGAUCUGAAGGAUGUGACCCGGGAAACCCACUACGAGAACUACAGAGCCCAUUGCAUCCAGAGCAUGACCCGCAUGGUGGUGAAGGAACGCAACCGCAACAAACUGACCAGGGAGAGCGGCACCGACUUCCCCAUUCCCAUGGUGCCCGGUGUCGCGGACGAGACGGAGAAGCUCAUCCGAGAGAAAGACGAGGAGUUGAGACGAAUGCAGGAGAUGCUGCAGAAGAUCCAGGAGCAGAUGCACACGCAGAAAGAGACGUAUUAACAGCGGUUUCACCCGGCGGAGUCUUCACUUCUCACUAACACUUCUGGGUCUCAUUUCCAAAUAAAAAUAAUAAUAAUAAUAAUAAUAAUACAUUCUUUGAGUUUGAGGUGAAAUUUCACCCAGACCUGUUGGUAUGAGUAAAGGUUCAAAAGGUUUCCAUUGUGACUGACACUAAACUUGACUCAAUGCUACCGUGUGCACUCGGGUUCAUCCAAUAUGUGUCUCUACCCCAAGAUUGUUUUAUAGUUGCUUGAUAUCAUAUUUAAUUUCUUUUUUUCUACAAUGUGUAACUUUAUUUUGUACAAUGUUCAUUAAUUGCAUCGUUGUAAUGUAUGUCUUUUGGUUUUGUUUGUAUUUCUAUAAAAACAAAAACUGCAAAAUGGCUUCUUUUAGAAAGUUUCUAAAUGGAACAAAAAAAAAAAACCAAGUUUUAUUUUCUUAUUGGAGAAAUACCGUACUGUAGAGAGAUAUUUUUGUUAACACGGCUAACACGCGUAUUGUUUCUCGUCUGGAUAAGAUGCAUGUUUAAAGAAGAAACGUCUUUCGGUGCGUUCACGUCAUGUCAGAAUCACGGUUUAGCUGUGCAUGUUGAAGAGCUGCUGGCGGUCAUGUGAUCUCCUGGCGAAACGUGAACGCACCGAUAUAUACUUAUACUGCUGUUUCAGUGGCGGGAAGGGUGCUCGUUGUGACCAUAUCUGUGUUACAGUCCAUAAAAUAAAUGAUAUUUCUCUUGCAUCAUAUAUAUUUUCUUGGGUAAUGUUGGUGAAACAAAAAACACACCUUGAAAUAACAGUGAAUGAAUAAACCUAUUUGCUAUA